AUGGCACCGGCCCGCGACGUGAAUGAUGAUGCAUUCAAGUCAUCCAAGUCAUCCCAAUCCUCUCCCUUUCUUUCCUCGUCCCGCAAACCGACAUCGCACCGUCGUCAAACCUCCAUCACCUCCACCACCCGACAUGUCUCGGAUGGACGUGUAUACGAUCGAGACAGCAUCUGGGGCACGCAUUACCACGAAGAGGACCCCGAUCCCGAUCCUCAUUCUUCCCUGACGGAAUUAUCAUCAUCAUCAUCGGCGGUGAAUACUGCGACGGCGACGGCGACGGAGGAAGAGCAGAUCAAUCCUGUGACGGACAUUCCCCCCGCGCAAGACGACAUGGCCACCCUCUUCCCUCCCUCCCAUGCCUCCAAUGGCAGUCCUCUGCAAUUCCCCCGCCGAUCACUAUACAAUUUCCACGAUCGCAUACCCCUCAACAACCUGCUCCACUCCCUGCAUAUGCAACAUCAGGACUCUCCCCUCCCCCCACCCCAAGACCGACCCAUCACGCCCGUCACUCCCAUCCGCGGUGUGGUCCCCAGCUACGAGUACGCGCAAGAUGUCGAGCAGAGCGCCGAGAGGCAGAAGUAUCGGUCAUGGCGGCAGGGAGAGGCCAAGGUGAAUGGAUUGUCCAUUGCGGAAUCCCAGCGGGUGAAAUCCCGGCCGGAUAAAGUCAUUGAUGCGCAAUUGCCUCAACCCGAGCCGCCCGUGGCCAAUGUGCGCAGUCGCAAGGCCAGUCAUUAUCUGGGUUUGUUUCGCGAGAAUGAUGCCGAGGAGAAGAGGGAUACAGAGCAGAAGAGGGAUGUCGAGCUGAAGAGGGAUACGGAGCAGAAGAAGGUUGGCAAGGUGCAGGCAACUAAAGAUGGCAAGGGGCAGAUAUCCAAAGAUGUACCUGUCAAGGAGUUCACCAUCGAGGAAGAGGAGGAGGAAGAUGAAGAAGUAGAAGCGGAGAAGGAAAAGGAGAAAGUCGGGACGGUGAACGACCACACGUCGCAAGUCCAGCCGCUGGACUUGCUCGAGGGCAUUCRCAAUCAUCAUCAUCUGGAACGCGCUCCCCUCUCCCGCAAAUCCACCCUACCCAAGCAUGUCGAGGGCGAACGAGGAGAGGGCAAGAAGAGUGAUGAUGAGGAUUCCGACCGCGAACACAUCGCCUCGGCCGUCUACUUUCCCCAUCAGGGUGUCACCGUGGGUGAUUCUCCCACCGAGCAAGAUCUCACCCACCGUCAACCGAGUGAUGAGGAGCAGGCAGAAAAGCUGCAGGAUCGUGCCCAUGACCCCUCCGGGAAUGAUGUCCAGCUCUCCCUCCUCUCAGAAGGCGCCCGAGAUUACCUUCAAGGCGCUUCGGGAUCGCAGACUCCUCCCACCAAAGAUUUCGACCUCCUCCCAUCCCCUGCCAUUCCCGCAGAGAUCAAGUCCGAAUCGGAAUACGAAUCCGGCUCCGAAUCCGCUACAUCAGGAGACGGCGACGAUGAGGAUACUGAUGUCGAAAUCACUCCCACAGCGACACCCCUCGUCAAAGGACAGGCCCAUCCCCAACGACGACAGAAUCCGGAACAUGUUUCCGCCGUCGCCUUGAAGCCCUAUCAGCAUCAAGUGGGAGGACAUACCGCCAUCUUCUCCUUCUCUCGACGCGCCGUAUGCAAGCAGCUCAAUAGUAAGGAGAACAUGUUUUACGAGACCGUCGAGAAGUAUCAUCCCGAUUUAUUAACUUUCAUGCCGAGAUAUAUCGGAGUGUUGAAUGUUACAUAUCGAAAGGAACACAAGCGGAAGAAGGUGGAGGAGUUGGUGGAGGCGGCCGCGUCAGAGGAUGAUGCCGCUCAAGGAGACACCCUGCAACCGCCCGAGGCUGCUCGAGUGAUUAGCCAUUCCAUGCAGCAAAACGCCACUUCCUCCUCUAUCCCCGAAGUUAUCUUCGCAAACAACCGCCAUCUCAUCCCAGACAAUCUGUGGGGAAAUAAUCGCCGCUCCGCAACACCGGAUCCUCCCCGGAUGAGAUCAUCGCCAGCAAUCCCAACACCCUCAAGCGAGGAUGCCCGGCCUCCUCUCAACACUGCUGCGAGCUGGGGAUACACCACCCGCAACCUGACUCUUCGCGAUCACGUCCUGCGAGAAGUCUUCUCUCCUCCCGUCAUUCACAAACAUGAUCGUCGAGAUCGCACCUAUCACGGCCGUCACAAAUUCCACAAAUCUAGAUCCUCCCAACUCAGCAAGUCGGCGCGGCAUGGGAGUUUGGAUGUCUCUUCUCGGAGGAGAGGAGAAGAAGAGGUCAUGACAGAUGGCGAUUCCACGACAAGGACCUCCAACUCGCUUGUCGUUGAACGCACCACUUCCAAUAUCGAUCCGAGGGAGAGUCGCGAUGCUCUUAGCAAGAGCGCCGAAAUUUCCGAGGAGCCACUCUUGGGGAGUCGUCAUCACCGUCGUCGACAUAGUGGUGGUGGUCUACAGAGGAAGCCUACCGAGAUUGACGGAGCACGAGGAGAUUUGGAGUUUCACGAGGAUGAAACUUGGAAUGCCGAUGCAGAUGCUGACGCGGAAGAGGACAACGUCUUCUCGAUGGAGGAUGUCAAGAAGGAAUGUCGCAACGUCCAGCGUGCCCUACCCGCCAGUCCGCAYCCAAAGAUACAACAACCCCCAGAAGACCCUCCUCGUCUCGGUCCCGCCAUCAACUUCAAUCCUCCCCCUUGCAACCCCGAAACCUCCCUGACAGUCUCCAGCAGCAGUCGCGUCGAGCACUUCCUCCUCUUGGAAGACCUCACCGCCAACAUGCUGCACCCCUGCGUUCUGGAUCUUAAAAUGGGUACCCGUCAAUUCGGCAUCGAAGCCAACGAUAAAAAGAAGGCUUCCCAACGCAUCAAAUGUAAAACCACCACCUCGCGGGAAUUGGGCGUGCGGGUGUGUGGCAUGCAAGUGUAUGAUGUCAAGAAAAAGAGCUAUCGCUUCACGGAUAAAUAUCAAGGAAGAGAUUUAAGCGCCGGCCGGGAAUUCCGCGAGGGAUUAAAGGGCUUCUUCUUCGAUGGUGUGGGUUGGAGGCAAGGAGGAAGGUUAAUCCCCUCUCUCUUGGAGAAGUUGGCGGCUCUGGAGGGCAUUAUCCGGGGUUUACCGGGUUAUCGUCUCUAUGCGUCGAGUCUAUUGAUGAUUUACGACCGAGGAGAUCCCGAUGCUGGAGGUCCGGGAGGCGGAGGCAAGGGAGACAUUAAGCUCAAAAUCGUGGACUUCGCCAAUUGUGUCACGGCUGAAGAUGGAGAGGUUGUACGCACUCGACCCGCUCCUCCGAAGAGGAUGGAAGAGGUGGAUUGGGGGUAUUUGAGGGGGUUGAGGACUCUGAGGGUCUACUUGAGGGCGAUUUUGGGGGAGUUGAGGGGCGCGGAGGAGAAGGGAUUCGUGGAGAGGGGGGAGGGAGAGGGGAUGGGAUUUCUUGGUGGAGGGGUUGUUGGAGGUGGUGCUGGAGGUGGUGGUGCUGGGGGAGGAGGCUUGGGGAAGGAGGGUUUGAUUGGGCUUGGGGGAGGUGCUGGGGAGGAGGAGGAUGAUGGGGAGGUUAGUGUUUGA